AACGAACUACCGUCCCCAUGCUUGACAGUGCCUUUCCUGGGAUCACUUUAGAAGCUUUGGAGGAUGGGUUCCCGAAGGAGCGGCGCGAGCGGGAGCCGGGCGAAUGCUGGGGUCCUGAAGGAACGGGCCAGCAUGUCGUUCAUGCUGGUGGUCAUGUUCUUCGCGGUGUUCGGCUUGAUCGUCCUCACGGAGAUAUUCCUGAUCGACGAGAGGCGUGGCGUGGGCGUAGGUGGCACCGGGGCCCUAGGAGGUCACAGGAGCGGACAUCGAUUGCCGGCUGCGCCCGAUCGUCCGGAUUACGGGGAAAUCGGAGCUGAAGAUUAUAUUGGAUUGAAGGGUAGCUUCGACGAUCAUAUCGGAUUAUUGAUGCGUGGGGAAGAUGGUGGACAGAAGACCGCGAUACAACCGGACCCAAGAGGUUUACCAAGCUUACCACCCAACCUGGAAGCUCGUUUACCACAACUCGAUCAGAGCCUGAGGAUCACGCACGCCGAAUGGUUGCCAGUCACGAAGACUAGAUUCAAAUUCUUUGUAUACUCAGCGUACUUCGACGACAGGGUUGGCGGAACAGGCGCGCCAACAGGUAAAAGUCAGGGAAUGGUUCGUAUAAUAAGCGCAACAAAGACGAGAGGACCAGAGCGUGUUUGGUGUAGACUUUGGUAUCGACCAGAGAACGGAGGGAACAUAACUGCUUCCGUAACUGUGGCCGCUAAAGUGAAGGUGAUCAGAGAAAAUUGGAACUUGAAGUACAGUGCCUGCUUUGUGAUUUGCCCGUUGCCGAAAGAAUCGCCUACGUCCGACAGAGUGCCGGAAACAGUGAGCGUCGUGGCCCGGCUGAAAGCGUCGCCGACGAAUCGUAUCCUCGUGCAGAAUCGGCCCGAGACCAGGAAGAAGGACAAGGAACUGUUGGCCGUUUGCGUGAAACCCCUGCAUUACGAUUACAACAGAAUGUUGCAGCUAAUAGAGUUUAUCGAGCUACACAGGCUGCUUGGCGCUAGCCACGUAACUCUAUACAACGACACGGUUGGCACAGAGGCCGGAUGCGCUCUCAAGUACUACGAAGCUAAAGGCCUCGUGACCGUGUUACCUUGGCAUCAUUUAGACAUGAUCUCGCAACGAGAGAUUCGCACGGAGGGAUUAUUCGCCGCUCUGAACGAUUGCCUUUAUCGAUCUAUGUACAAAUACGAAUACGUGGCGUUGGUGGACCUCGACGAGUUUAUUAUACCGAGGCACAACGACACGAUCAUUGAUCUCAUCAGGUGGAUGAGCAGUCGUAUAAAUACGAAAUCCACCGGAGCGUAUUCCUUUCAGAACGCGUUCUUCUAUCUGCAAUGGGCGGACGAUCCUUUCGUGGUGACCAGCCGGACGCCGAUAGAGGCUGGCCUGAUCACUCUGAGGAAAACCAGGCGCCGAACGAAACUUCAUCCGCACAAGCAGCGCUCGAAAUACGUUUGCAAGCCGCAGGACGUUGUCGAGGCUGGCAAUCACUUUGUCUGGGAGUUUAUCCCGGGACACGGGACGCUGAACGUUCCAUCGGACGCCGCGAUUCUCCACCACUAUCGGGUCUGCGAGUUCGGCGGCGACGAUUGUAUAAAGACGCAGUCGGUGGUGGACAGAACGGCCUACAAAUACAAGGAGAGGCUAGCGGUGAACGUUGGCAGAGCCUGGACAGACCUAAGCGCCGAUUGUUCGUUGCCGAAGUUGGAGCCGGUGCCGGCGGUGACGCCGCGGAUAAAAGCGAGCCCGGUGUUGAAGUCGGUCAGGUAGCGAAAGACCAUCGUCGAGACGCUUUGGGAUAUUGGUAAUUUCACUGGUACGCCCAAGGUAGCGAGAACAUAUUUCUACAACUACGGUGGCCCGUAGUGGCUCUCCCGCCUCCUCUUGCUGUUUUGAACUUCGGAGGAGAAAGGGACACACACACAUGACACACGUUUUUUCUACCUUUCGCGGUCCACGCCUAAUAGAUCUCGUCUACGGGAAACCACGGAGAGAGAAAACGGCGAGCCAAAACGACGAGAAAAGUAAAGUGUGCCCAGCACUGUGCCGAAGGAAGGCGCGAAGACGCUCAUUGAAAAAGCUAACGAAUAAUAUUUUUCUACGUGAGAAAGACUCACGAUCGGCCGGGGAAGUAUGUAUGUAUGUAACUGUACACAGUAAGCGACGAAACGAACGCUUUCCCGAACGAUCCUGUAUCUCUUACGCUAUGGUGCUUCUUUCACGAUUUUAUACGGUAUUGUAUUUAUGUACGAGUUUCCUUUUUUCCUUUUUUUUCUCUUUUUUUUCUUUUUUGGUUCGAAUCGGAGGGGCCGAUUUACGCGAGGUCGAACUAUUGUAGCAUUAGGAAGAACGUAAGAGGUUCUUAUCACGCAGGGCCUACGUUUUCGGUCUACAUUGUCGGCUAUAAUGUAAGAUAAAUCUGAUAUUACAUUGUUGUCUCGUUGAUCUCGUUUUUCCUUUACGACACCUAUAAAUCCGCACAACGUAAUAAAGAAAAACGUACGCAUAUCCAUAGGAUCAAUACCUUAGUCGUAGUUUAUUGUAUGUAUAAUAUGUAUCUAGGACAUCUAGUAUUUAAUCUGAUAGCGAACGCGUAGCGAUGCGAAAGAUGUUUUUAAAAUGCCGAUUUACACGUAGCCGAUUUAUAUAUUCGAUCGGUUAUAUUUGCAAGAUUUAUUUACGAGGAACUGGUUUCUUGUUCAGAGGAAGAAUUCGUUUGUCUUUUUUUUCUUCUUUUUUUUUUUUUUUUUUUUUUUUUUUUUUUUUUUUUUUUAUCAGGGAUUGACAUUAGUUGCCUUUAACAAUUGUAUUCGUUGUUUCGCGAAUAUAUAUAUAUAUAUUUUUUUAUUAAACCCCUAAAGGCGAUCUCGGAGCUGUUAUACAAUAGCAGCUACGUUUCAAGAGGAACAUGAUUGUUAAUCGUGCUCGGAAUGCCAACAAAUGAGAGAGCAUCACGAUAUAAUAUCAGCUAGAUAGGAACUACAGAUUCGAGCGUUAUGACAAUGAACAUUGCAAACUGUUUCUAUUUCUUUUAUAAUGUCACAUUUUUUACGCGCACAUACAUUUAUGUAUAUAUGUGUAUACACUGAGGUGUACGUGCAUUUACGUACACGCAGCAUGUAGGAUAGGUGAAAUACGUACAUGUGAUCGGUGCUAAGCCACAGUCAACAUGCCGUUUGGUCGUGUUGAAGAAGUUAAUAAAUAUUAUACGACGACAA